AUGAAGGCACUAGUAGCUUUAAUAUUGCUUGUUCAGCUUCCAAUUCACAAAGCUGUACCAGCAGCUCCUCCUGCUCCCUUGGGCUGCGAUGACCCAGAAUCUGAAGCAGCAGCUGAAGUAGCUGUGAAUUAUAUUAAUGCCCACAGUCACCACGGAUACAGGUUUGCCUUAAACAGAAUCAAGAACAUCCGUGUGAUACCCCAGGGCCUGAAUAAUGACAUAAUAUUUCUUGAACUUGACUUAUUAGAGACCAAAUGCCACAUUCUCAGCCCUACACCUCUUGCAAAUUGCACAGUACGGAGCUUCAUAGACCACGCAGUGGAGGGUGACUGUGAUAUCAAACUGCAGAGGGUAGAUGGACAGUUAUCUGUACUUGCCAGUAAAUGCCACUCACAUGCAGACUCCAGUGAAGAUGUUCUCCGGUUCUGCCCUGACUGUCCACUGCUGGCAAGUUUGAAUAACACGGAGGUGUUAGCAACUGUUACAGCUGCUCUCCAUGACCACAACAGCAAAACUGUUGAUACCUACCUCAGACUGCUUGAGAUUGGAAGAGCCAGAAUACAGUAUCACCCAGUGCAUGUUGUCUCUGUUGAGUUUGCUGUGGCUGCCACGAACUGCUCAGCAGCAGAAGCUAAAGCUGAUGUGGGGACUUGUCAACUGCUGCCCGACGAUCAGUCGAACUUUGGUUUCUGCACAGCACAAAUGGUAACAAAGCCCUUGCAGGACCUCAAAGUGGACUGCCAGCUCUAUGGACAUCAGCCUGGAGUUACCUACCCUCAACCAGGUCAAGACACNNNNGCAGGAAUGGCACCCAGUGUUGUACAAGGCUUCCCAAACCAUAACCUUAGGCUUUCCCACAAUAGCCCUUUUGCAUCUGAAUCCAGCUCUUCAGAAUUUCCUUCCAUGAUCUCAGCCAAAUCUGUAGCAAAGAGAGCAGUUGCCAAAGUUGCUCAGCAUGACAAAGUACCUCACCCAGUUGGCUUUGUGCCUCCUCCUCCUCCAUGCCCUGGGAAGGUUCGCCAUUUCAAGAUUUAG